GCAGGCUGAUGAAUGUAUGGCUGGUGUACCUGGUCAGCAAUAGCCAUAAGGAAUGGUCGGAAUGGAUACUAGCUGUGGAUUUGAUUUCAGCAAUAGCCAUGAGGAAUGUAUAGCUGUGGAUAUGAUUCUGUGCUGGUUGAUGACGAUUUUGGCAUUCUCGGCCGGGGCAGCAGCGCUGGGCCUAAUCCGGUUUUUCGACAAGGGGUUAUUUGGUAUAGGCUCGCUUCUCCUGCGAGGGCCCUGCAUGGGAGCAGGUCUUGGCCAUUGGUGCUCUCGCAUCAAGACAGCUGCCUCCUUUAUGAUAAUCUUGGGCAUGUUCUACAUUUUUUCUAACAUCUGGAUGGCCAUGAAGUCUGUCAUUUCUCGAUACGAAGGCUUGGCAUAGACAGUCAACGUUGGAAACUGACCCCUUUAAAAGGGGGGUGUAGGGGAUGUAGUUGGAGAAAUUUGAACACCCCCUGGCAGGUGAAAUGAGCGAAAACUGACCCCUUUAUAGGGUAGUGGAGAAAUUUUAACACCCCCUGGCAGGUGGUGAAAUGAAGAGAUUUGAACUCCCCCUGGCAGGUGAAUUGAGCGACUCCCUGGGGAAACAAGAAGCAGAGCAGUGCACGAUGCUACAUUGGGCUGUCUACUAUCUUCACCUGAAUACAAUUACAAUGUACCAUCAUUUUCGCUGCAUCUGGACUGCAAGCUGGGCCAAAUAUGGAUUACAAUGACCGUACAUUCGGUACGUUCGCGGGAAGGAUGGGGCUUUUUUUAGACGAUGGGCAAGUCUAUGAUAGAGGCAUUAUUAGACUCUACCUAGCACCAAAAAAAUAGCCCAGAACAGAGACGCAAAAUGGCCUCUUCUAGUCACUGAUUUACAGAUCGAGAGACGGGAAAACUCAAAAUUUGUUUGUUAGGUUAAUGGAAUCGCUGUUUAUUAUAGCUAAUAGCUGUUUUUUGAAUUUUCAAUUUUGAGUGACUUUCAGAGCAAGUAGAGCUAUAAUGAUAAUGACAACCAUGGCCCUCUAUUGUGGAGAGGGUGGUUGAAGAACUCAAAGGGAAGGAGAGUCCCCAGCAGCACUGCUCUGUGCUUGCCAGUUCGCAGCAUGUCCCCUCCUCUUCUAGUGGGGUCACUCUUCUAGUGGGGUCACUCUUCUAGUGGGUUGACCAUGUUGAAACUGUCUUUGUUGAGUGUACCAUGUGGAUUGUCUUUGUACUAUAUCAAGUGUGGGUGUGGAGUCGAUUGAAAGCUCUUCAUCCUCUACCUGAGACUAUGUAGAGACUAUGUAGAGACUAUGUAGAGACUAUGUAGAGACUAUGCAGAGACUAGGAGAGUCGAUUGAAAGCUCUUCAUUCUCUAGCCGAGACGAUGUAGAGAGUAAUGCAGAGACAAGGAGAAACCUCUUCGUUCUCUACCUGAGACUAUGUAGAGACUAUGCAGAGGCGAGGGUCGUUCCAACUCUGGCGAGCCUGGCUGUUCGCAGAGACUAUGUAGAGAACAAUAGAGGGGGAAAGUAUGGGUGUGGAGUUGAUUGUAUCAGAGACUCAGAGACUACGACUCAGAGACUAUGUAGUCAGAGACUAUGACUCAGAGACUAUGUAGAUACUAUGCAGAGACUACGAGAGAGUAUGUGGGGGCUAUAGAGGAUAUAAGUAUGGGCGUGGAGGAGUCGAUUGAAGCUCUUCAUUCUCUACUUGAGAUGAUGUAGAGAGUAAUGCAGAGACAAGGAGAAACCUCUUCAUUCUCUACCUGAGACUAUGCAGAGGCUAGGGCCAGAGUAUGUAGAGAACAUAAGAGGGGGAAAGUAUGUGUGUGGAGUCUAUUGUAUCAGAGACUCAGAGACUAUGUAGAUACUAUGCAGAGACUACAAGAGACUAUGUGGGGGCUAUAGAGGAUUCAAGUAUGGGCGUGAAGAGUCUAUCGAACUCAGAGACUAUGGUCAGAGACUCAGAGACUACGUAGAGACUAUACUCUAUCAGAGACUCAGAGACUAUGUAGAGACUAUCCUAACAGAGACUAUGUAGAGACUAUCCUAACAGAGACUAUGUAACAUACACUCAGAGACUAUGUAGAGACUAUCCAGAGACUAGGGUCAGAGACUAUAAUGAGACUACGCAGACACAUGCAAGUUCUUUGAUGAGAGACGCAGACACUAUGUGGAGACUAUGCAGAGACAAUGAUGUAGAGCUUAUGUAGAGACCAUGUAGAAGCAUAGUAUACCUCUGUGUCAGACUCAAGACUAUGUGAAGACUAUGUAGAAGCGUAG